AUGCCAUAUUCUCGUUGUGGUAUGCCUGACCCUGAGACUAUCCCCCGGCGCACGAUGUGUCGUGUCGUCAUUAGAGGCAGUAGCCUGGCCAUCACCAAGACGGUCAUGAAAAGGGAAUCGGAAGUGUAUUCGGACGAGGACAGGAACUGGCUACUCGCUGGCGAAACUCUUUGUUGCGCUGCGGAUUUGGCGAGCGACGAUGUCUUUCGGUACCUCCUCUCCUUCGAAGAUGCCGAGAUCCACCACGUGCCCUGGAAGUCUGGACAGCCCCCAGAGCCGACCGUGCUGCGCGCUGCAAUCAGCUCGAACAAGGUCGGGCACGUGCGAGCUAUCCUCGACCAUCCACGCUUUGACGCAGUGCGCAUCUUCUCCCCGGACACACCCAAACGUUCACCCCUCCAUUACCCAACGCACCCAGAUGGCCUCGACCCAGCUAUCAUGGAAGCGCUCCUGGCGCACCCGGCCUUUGAUGUAAAUGUACAAGACGAGUUCGGACGAACCCCUUUGCACCACGCCGCCUUAACCGGCCAGAUCGAAUUGGUGAAGCUCCUCCUUGCGCACCCCGGGGUCGACAUUAAGCGGGUCGAUGCACAGGGGAAAACGCCGCUCUGUGAGGCCGCGGAGAGGGGUCAUGUAGCUGUCGCAAGGGUAUUCCUUGAGAUGCCGGGACCAGUAGCUUGGGAUGCGACACCAAUCGAUAAGUCACCGCUAGCGUUUGCUGUAUCUGGGGCAAAGGUCGAUAUGGUGCGGGUGUUGCUCGAGCCGCAAUAUCGGAUUCCGCGGGACGUGGUACUUCUUGAGAAGGGCAAGGCUGAGAAAAUCAUCACACAAAACAAGGCUGACUUGGCGGAGUGGCAGAGAGGGGUGUGGGACGAGAAGGCGGAUUGGUGGUUUGGGAAUGAGGCGUUUCGGGAGGUGUUCCUGGAGAAUGUUGAGCUUGGGGUUGUUCUCCUGCAUGAGAUGAUAAGCAGUAUGUCGAUGAGACUGGAGGAGGAGAAGGAAAACGAGCAAUGA